CUUUUUUUUCAUGUGCUUAUUUGCUUCAAGCUUGGGGGUGGUCUAGGAUGUCGUCGCUCGCCCCAGAAAAUGAGCGUCCAAUCGUGUUCCCCUUUGCAACCAAGUGGUCAGUAAGGGGAAUGAACUACAAUAGGUGUCCGAAACACGCUAUUGUAGUCUAUCGAAAUCUAUUGGAUCACAUUGGACAUGAUGAUUUUGUUUGGAGGCCAUAUCUGGGUCUGGAUCAUGAUGUGAACCAUGACGAUGCUGCAGUUUGGACAGCGAAGACACCGAUUAUCCGAUUCACUACAGUUGAAAUGCACCAAAGUGACCGGGUCAAACUGCAGUUCGGAAUGCUACAACAUAUUCCAGAAUCUCCCACGUGUUUGGGGAAUUGGCAUCAAAAAAGGGUCGAUGCACAGUGGGAUUAUUCUGACUGGAGAGACUUUGCAAAAGACAUGUGUCGUCAAUGGAGGAAUCGACGACAACACAUCCUGAACGAACCAGUCAUCCAAGGUGCAAGACCGACUCAACAAUAUAUGGCAUGGUUUAGGUCUGUAACAACUCAACAAUUCGUAUCUGAGCCGCGGUAUUUGAUGGAUCCGCGCCAACUUCCUUCGUCAUCGUAUGUCCCAUAUAAAUUCACCACCCAACACCAAUGUGAACCCACCCUAACCCAACAACCAACCACACAACAUCAACCGACCACAUACACAAAACAACCACACACCCAAAUCGCAACCCAUGGAAUAUCCGGAACUGGUCAUGGGAUGCCCUAG